AUGGCUGAUAAUCCUGAUAAUCUAGAAAUUAAAGAUAAUGACAGUAGUGGUAGUGGUAAAAAAAAAGAUCAAUAUUAUAUUACAAUUAGCAAUGAUGGAGAAUAUAUAGCUAGACUUGAUUGUAGUAAGGAUGAAAGUUUAAGAUUAAAAAUUACACAUCACAAAAAUUUUGAAUUGUUAAAUAAUGAUAGUGACAUUGAAAAAGGACAAGACAAUGUAAAGAUUUGUAAUAUUGUUAAAAAAUUAACAUUCUUAGAUGAACUUAAUCCAUAUGUAAAACCUUCAGAGGUAAAAGAUCCACAAAAAGAAGAAACAAAAAGGGGUAAUAAAAAACAAGAAGAACAAAUAAAAGAGGACAAUAGAAAACUUUUAAUUUGGUCAUUUUCUAUAUCAAAUAGGUUUUUUUUUAAUAAUAAACCAACAAUUUUAGUAGCAAUUUCAAGAGUAGUACCAAAUGAUAUGAUUAAUUGUGAUAGACCAAUUAAUCACUUAAUUGAUAAACUCAAGGAAUAUAAUGAACUCAAAUUAAAAUAUCAAAAUAUGAAAGAACUUCAUUAUUAUCCUUUGCAUUCACAUCCUUCUAUAAAUGAAACUUGUUUAACUAGUAAUAUUGGUGGAAUAGUGAGGUUUUUACCAGAAGUUGAAAAAAACAAAACAAGUUUUUUAAUAACUAAUGUAAAAGGAUUUUAUAAAUCUCUUGAUAAUUUAGAUAAACCAAAUAUUCAUUCAAAAUUAAAAACUCGAAAAUAUGGCAUUCCUACUUAUGCAAUUUCAUUGAAUAAUCUUUUACUAGCAUUUACACGUGGAAAUAAUGAUAUUAGAAUUUAUUCUAUGGAAUCAGGUCUUUUUAUUGCUUUAAAAAGUUUGGAUAACAAAGAUGAAGUUUUAUUUCUAGAAUUUAUACAUGAUGAUGAAAGAUUAUUCAUUGUUACACGAAAUGACACUAAUUUUAAAAUCUCUAUAAAAAUUUGGGAUAUUUUUAAUUCUUCUCCUGAAGAUUUUAAUAUUAAAUAUAAAAUUAACAACAAUAUCAUUCCAAAAAAAAUUGAUUGUUUGAAUAUUGCAAGAUCAAAUGGGAUGAUUUUUUUUGUUAAAGAAGAUGGCAAAGUCUUAAAUGUUCUUAAAAAUAUUGAAUUCUUUGAAUUCAAAGUAUUUGAAAAUGAUGAUGAUAAUGAUGGAAUAAAAGAAGAAAAAUCAUUUACUGUAUUUAAAGAUUUUAAGAAAGUUGACAAAUAUUUAAACCAUUGGUAUUGCUGUGAAGACAAUGAUGCUGAUAAGCAUAAAAUAUUUGACCCUUUCAAAAAACAUGAUGAUGUUGGCAAUUCAAAAAUUUCACUGUUAGUAGAUAAUGAGGAAAAAUGGGUUGAUGUUCAUAAAAUUAAACCAAUAGUAAAUAAUAAGGAACAAUGGGUUGUUGGUUGUAGAAAAUUUGAACUGGAAGUUACUUGGGUAUUAGCAAUCAAAUAUUACACUGAUAAAAAAGACAAAUUAAUUGUAGGCUAUUUAUUAGAAUAUUAUUCCAACAAUGCUAUUGAACAUAUUGGAUGGAUGAUCACUGUUUCAACAACUUUACCUUUACUUUUCCAAUCUCAUUUAGAAGAUUAUGUGUAUGAUUUAUUUUACAAAGAAUGUUUUACUGAUAAUAACAUAGGAACAAAUUUUAAACUUUUUUUAGAUAAAGAAUUGACUGAUAAUAGCAUAGGAAUAAAUUUUAAGCUUAAAGAAGAUACUGAAAGCAACCUCCUGCAAAAUAGUGUAAAGAAAAUUCCUUUUAAAAAAAUAGCUUUUGGAAAAGAUAAUCAAAAUAGAGCAAAUGAGACUAAAGAGAAAACUGCUCAAAAAGCUGAAGGAAAAAACAAACACAAUACAGUACCAUUCAACUUGUGUGUAGUACCACUUCCAAAUUUCACAGUUAAUAAGAUUGAAAAGAAAAAUGUUCAAAAAAAUGUUGUUAUAACUUUUGAAACAACUAUAAUAGUUAAAUCAUUUGAAAUUGAAGAUGCAUUUGGUAGUGCUAAACCUGAUCAAGGAACAAUUGCUGCUAUAUCUAUUUCAAUGUUAAUUCUUUGGAUUGAAUUUGUAACUUUCAUACCUUAG